AUGCUUGGACUUUUGGAGGCUCCAAUGCUGCAGGGAGUUGGUGGUGGGGAUGGAUGGAAGGACAGCAGAAUGAGCAGCAGAGGUGGGGGGUGUGGUGUUGGGGGGUCUGAGGAAGAGGGGCGUAGGGGUGGUGAACGGGGGAGGGAGGUGGGCGAGAAGGUGGAGAGCAGAACAAAGGAGGAGAACGAGGAGAAGGAGAAGGAGAAGGAGAAGGAGAAGGAGAAGGAGAAGGAGAAGAAGCAGGAGGCGUGGUCUUCGUAUGAGACGGUUUUCACGAAUGCGAAAGCAGGCAUGGAGGGGGUGGACAAGGAGCGGGUGAAACGGAUUGUCUAUGCCAUGAGCCAGGGCUCCCGCUUCUUCCAGCACGAGCAGCGCAAGGAGGCAGCGCUCCUCUCCAAGAUCGCCCACAUGCAGCGCGCCAAGCAGGCCAUUCCCCCGGAGAAACUCGCCCUACUGGAGAGACAGGCGGAUGGGAUGCUGGCGCGGAUGGUGGCGGAGGCGAGCAGGGAGGAGCGGCGGCGCGUGUGGGUGCAUGUGGACAUGGACGCGUUCUAUGCGGCGGUGGAGGCGCUGGGGGAUGCAAGGUUGAGAGACGUGCCCAUGGCUGUUGGCGGCAUGGGCAUGCUGUGUACUGCCAACUAUGAGGCACGCAAGUACGGGGUGCGGGCAGCCAUGCCAGGGUUCAUAGCACGCAAGCUGUGCCCUGAACUCGUGUUUGUGCCACCUGAUUUCACCAAGUACCAGCACUACUCCAACCUCACACAUGAAGUAUUCCGCCAGUACGACCCGCACUUUGUGGCGCGCAGUCUAGAUGAGGCGUAUCUGGACAUUACUGCCGUGUGCGAGGACAGGAGCAUGACUCCAGCGCAGGUAGCAGAGGAGCUACGGCACAAGGUGCAUGCCCACACCGGCCUCACGUGCAGUGCAGGAGUGGCCGCCAACAGAAUGCUCGCCAAGGUGUGCUCGGACAUCAACAAGCCCAACGGGCAGUACGUGCUGCCAUUCGACCGUGAAGCCAUUCUGAGCUUCAUCUCCUCGCUGCCCAUCCGCAAGAUAGGAGGAGUGGGGAAGGUGACAGAGCGGUUGCUACGGGGCGUGCUGGGGGUGAAGGUGUGUGCUGACAUCAUCACUCACAGAGGCGCCCUGCUCGCCCUCUUCUCACCCAUAUCCGCUGAGUUCUUCCUGCAAGCUGCGCUGGGCAUAGGCGGCAGUGGGGACGUGGAGGAGGGACCCAGGAAGAGUAUUAGCUGCGAGCGCACCUUCUCGCCCCUCUCUGCAGAGCCUGCCAUUCUCAAUAAACUCGAGGAACUGAGCUUCGCUCUGGCAAAGGAUCUGGAGGAACAUGGCAUGAAGGGCCGAACACUCACUCUCAAGCUCAAAACAACCGCUUUCGAGGUGCGCACGCGGGCGGUGUCUGUACCAGAGCCCAUAGGGUCACAGCAGGAGAUGUGGCCGCUAGUUGUGAGGCUCAUACGAGCAGAGCUGCCAGUCUCGGUGCGACUGCUAGGUCUGCGCAUGAGCGCCCUUGUGCCGCGCGCCAGCAGUGGCAGCAGCAGGCAGGCAACAAUCAGUGAGGUGCUUGGAGGAAGGAGAGCAGUUGGUGGUAGUUCUGCCAAGGGGGCUGCUGAGGGGAAGUAUUCUACCGGUUCCCCUGAGGGGAAGUUCCCUACAGGUCCAACUGAGGGGAAGCAUUCUGCAUAUAUGGGUGUUAAGAGAGUAGAACCGAGAAAGAGCAGGGGAGGAGAGGGGAGGGAGCGAUUGCUGGAGGAGAAUUCGGUGGAGGGAGAGGGAUGGGCGCAUGGAGGCGCCGAGAGGGUAGAGGAGAGGCGGCUUGGGGGAGAGUGGAGGGAGCAUGCAAGAUUACCCGAUGUACGUGUGCAAAAUGAGACAGGGGAAGAGGUGGGGGGGGAAGAGGAGUUGAGGGGCUGUGGCGAUGGUGGUGCGGAGUUGAGUGGCUGUGAGUGGGAGGGUGGGUGGGAUAGUGAGAGUGAGUGGGAGGAGUGUGGUGAGGGGAUGGCUGAAGGGAUGGAUGGUGGGAGGAGCGGUGGGGGAGAGAGAGAGGUGAGGGAGGAGAGGGAGGAGAGGGAGGAGAGGGACGAGAAGGAGGAGAGGGAAGAGAGGGAGGGGAGGGAGGAGGAGGAGAGGGAGGAGCGGGAGGAGAGGAAAGAGGAGGAGAUAGAAGAGAGGGAGGAGGAGGAAGAGAAGGAGAGAAGAGAAAGUGAGAACAGGGAAGGGAGGGAAGAGAGGGAGGAGAGAGAAGAGAGGAUGAAGAACACUGAUGUUGAGAAAGCAUGUGCACAGGUGGGUAGGAGAAGGAUGGAGGAGAGAGGGGACGAGGAGGAGGAGGAGGCGAAGGAAAAAGAGGUGACGUUGGCUCUGACUCAGAAGGCGUUUCAAAUGCCUCCUAUGUCGUUUGAAGAUGCGACUCAUUAUCAGGAGGGCAUGGAGAAGCAAGAGAUGGUAUGUUUCGGAAAUGAGGCAGCAGCAGCAGAAGAAGAAGAUGAGGCAAAAGCAGAACCAGCAGGAGCACUGGCUACUGGUGCGAUGAGCCAGGCCUUUGAAACGAGUCACAGGACGAAACGUUUGCUGGGGAAGCGGGUGCAGGGGUCCCGAGUGGAAAAAGGGGGAAAGGCGGGAAGGGCAAGAAAGAAAAGGCAACUCGAGAAGCAGCAACAGCAGCAGCUGUGCAUAGAUUCGUUAUUGCAGCACGUAGCAGCAGGAGGCACGAGAGGAGCAGGAGCAUCUGGUGAUGAGCGAUUAGUAAGAGAUACGAAAGCGAGUGGUGGGAUGCGUUUCAGUAGUGUGGAAACAGCAACCAGUGCAGCUGGUGCAGCAGCAGCAGCAGCAAGCGAAACAGGAAGAGUAUCAGUUGGGCAUUGUAACCAGGCAGGUAUAAGUGUUUGCAGCAUUCCCGCGAGAGGGCAACAGCUACAGCAACAGCAAGAGCAACCGCAACAGUACAUGCCUGGCGCGGGUGACAUCUCAGAGCAGGAAGAGGAUAUGGUGUGUGAAGAAAAGGAGACGUCUUGUGAAGAAAAGAAGACUGUAUGUGAAGAAAAUGAUGAGAAGCUACGCAGAGAUGAGCAGAGGGCCUGUGGAGGAGAGGGCACACAGGCUGAUGAUCAGCAUGAGGUGACAUGGGUGGCAGCGAGAGAAUCGGGUACAAUGAGGUGUGGCAUGUGCGGGCAUGUGGUGGAGGUUCAUGAGCAGCCAUGGGGACUGCAAGAGCAUGCUGAUUUCCACCUGGCGCUAGCCUUGACUCGCCUGGACCAGCGGGAAGGUGCAGAUGCAGCCACAGCCGGUGUGCGUGUGUCUGCUUCUCGUGGUGGCAGGGAUGCAUGA